CUCGCGAGGUUAGAGCGCUGUGGGAGCGCUAGUCGGACGCUGUUGCCGGGCCAGUGAUGGGCAGACCCUCCAGUUGCCCGCCGACGGCUUCUGCGGUGUUCUGCGUCUGCUCGCUGAAGGAGCUGAACAGGCGAGAGGACUGUCUUCCUGUGGGUGCACAGGUCUCCGUUGGCAGAGGCGUUGAGUUCUAGUCGCCACAGCUGACGGCUGCGAGGGACUGAGACCAGAGCAUUCCUUUAGAAAUGAGUUGCACAAUUGAGAAGGCACUUGCUGAUGCUAAAGCUCUUGUUGAAAGACUGAGAGAUCAUGACGAUGCAGCAGAAUCUCUGAUUGAGCAGACCACCGCUCUCAACAAGCGAGUAGAAGCAAUGAAGCAGUAUCAGGAAGAAAUUCAAGAACUUAAUGAAGUUGCAAGACAUCGGCCACGGUCCACAUUAGUUAUGGGAAUCCAGCAAGAAAACAGACAAAUCAGAGAAUUGCAACAAGAGAACAAAGAAUUACGUACAUCCUUGGAAGAACAUCAGUCUGCCUUGGAACUUAUAAUGAGCAAAUAUCGUGAGCAGAUGUUUAGAUUGCUAAUGGCUAGCAAAAAAGAUGAUCCGGGUAUAAUAAUGAAGUUAAAAGAGCAGCACUCCAAGGCGACCCCUGUGAAAGGAUUGAGAACUGCUGAUCUUGAGAUUGACAUGGUGCAUCGUAACAACUCCGAAGGAUUCUUCCUUGAUGCAUCUCGACACAUCCAUGAAGCACCUCAACAUGGACUGGAGAGGAGGCGCUUGGAAGCAAAUCAGAAUGAAUUACAAGCACAUGUUGACCAGAUAACUGAAAUGGCAGCAGUAAUGAGGAAAGCCAUUGAAAUUGAUGAGCAACAGGGUUGUAAGGAACAGGAAAGAAUAUUUCAACUUGAACAAGAAAACAAAGGCUUGAGAGAGAUCCUUCAAAUAACCCGAGAAUCAUUUUUGAACCUUAGAAAAGAUGAUGUAUCAGAAAGUACAUCUCUGUCAGCAUUAGUGACUAAUAGUGACCUGAGUCUGAGGAAGAGCUGAAGAGUCCAUGAGCUUCUUUCAAUGCUCCAAACAAUCCGUGGGACUGGCCUACCAAAGUGAAUGAAUUAAUAGAAAAAUCAAUUCAAGCUACCCUUUUUUUCCCUAUGAUAUGUACAGUGCACUGUUAAAUGACAAUUUAAGAGAUAGCAACAAAAAAUGCAUAGUUUAUGGUUAUAGACUUUAUUCCAAAAUAUAAUUGAAAAGUAGAAACUAAGACUGUUAAUUGCUGAACAAAUUGAAGAUUUUCACAAUGACUGCUGAACAUAACAAGAGCUUUCAGUAGUGCUCUUAGCUUUCCAGAUGAUACUUGGAUAAACAGGAAUAUUCCCAGUAAAUGUUUGGGAAUUUAUGAAAUCCCAACUUUAAAAUACAAAUUCGGUCACAGUUUGGUGAAUGGAAGAUCAUCAUCCUAAAUUUUAUCCUUCCUGAUUGGUGUCCAAGUUAACAAAUAGCCUGUGUACCAUGAGACUUCAGCUUUCAUGAUUGCCUUUCUACCUUAUUAAUUUAAAAUUUUGUCAAAGAAUAUUCAGUUUGAAAGGCCAUAUGAAUGUUUUACAUGUACCAUAAACAAAAGAGGUAAUUUAAUUUUAGCUAACUUACCAUAAUUGAUAUUCAGCAAACAACUGUCCAUAAUUGCUAAGCAUAUGAAAUAGUAUUUCAGGAAUGGAAGAGAAGGAAUACUACUUUCUAAGAAAGAAGAUCUUAUAAGAGACAUAUUCAGUAGGUUAAACUACUCUUUUGAAAGAAUAAGUUUUGGUUUUAAAUCAAUAAUGAAGAUGAGAUUUUUCUCUUCUCUGGUUGAUCUUUAAGGAUAUUAUAUAGCUCAUUUAGCUAACAGAGUUUAAAUGUCUGGUAAAGCAAGCUAAGUAUGGUUAUUUCAAAGUAAAUUGGGAAAUCCUCUGCCUCAUAGAGCCCUUUUUAAAAAGUAACUGUUAAGAAAGAUAGAAAAGGUAAAUUAAAAUUAUUUUUUUUCUGGAUCUAUUCUUAAGCACCAUGUGGUCCUUAUAACCUAUAAGAUUUUUCUUACAACCUUUCAGUUGAAAAGGGACACACACAAAAAAUUGAUGGAGUUAGAAGUAUUUUAUUUUUUUAUGAAAUAUAUAUCCAGUAUGUAAACUUUCAAAAGCCACCAGAAAUAGAAAUGUGCUUUAACAUCAAUUGAAAUCUAAAUUUUUCUUAUUUUUUGGUGAUUGUAGAAUAAAAGGAUAAAAGAAGAGUGUCAGAUAUAUUAUGCUCAUUUAUAUUGAAUACAUAAUAAAAUUAGCACAAUAGAAAAUUUACUUUUGAGUAAAAAUGUGUUAAAUACUUACAUGGUAAUUUUUAUGUAUAAUUUCAUAUAUUGGUAAAAUUUAAAACUACUUUUCAGAAUUUUUCUGUCUUAAGUUUGGGGUAAGUGGAGUUGAUGGGGCUGACUGAAUAGAAAAGGGCUAUUGACCCAACAUUAAAUUGAUUUUUGUUCUCAUUCGGAGGCCUUAAUGUUAUAUAAAUAAAUGACAGUUAUUAUUUUUUAACUUUUCUAUUUGUUUUUCAGAAAGUAUCCCUUAAUUUGAUGGCAUAUUCAUUCAUAUAGUUUUUAUCCCAAGUUAGAAUUAAAGAAAAUAAGCUACACAGUUGAGAUUAAGUCUGAGGCAGUUCAUUGAGGCAGCUCUAUUAUAAAACAUUACUUGAUACAUAAUUAUUUUUAUAAACAAGUUGAGUUAAUUUAUUCUUAGUCUUCUUACUUGGAUAUAAUUUUAAGAUCUUAGUGUUUAAAGACAUUUACUUUGUUAUAUGGAAACAGUUUCCAUCCCAUACUUUGUUAAACAGAACCUUAAGUUUAUGUCUAAAGGUAUGUAGUGCAUAGGAGCCUAUUUUAUCAAUAAAGAUGAGUGAUUGAUUAAAAUUGGUGUGCUCUCCAAGUUAACUUGAAAAUUAUGCUUUAUUUUGAGGGUUUUUGUUUUGUUUUGUUUUUUAAUCUCUUCUUACCACAGAACUAGUACUUAGCAACAACUUCUAUCCAUGUAUUUUAAGACUUGGCAAGCAAUUUAUUGCUGAUCCUGCAAACCUUUUUAUCUUCUGUAGGUUUAAGAGCUCCCCGCCCCCAAAAGGUAUAUCCAGGUCCUAACCUGCUGUAGCUAUAAAUGUGACCAUAUUUCCCAAAGGAGUCUUUGCAGAUUUAAGGAUUUGGGGAUUAGAUCACCCUGGAUGGGCCCUAAAUCCAAUGACUGGUAUCCCUGUAAGAGAGAAGAUUUGAAACACAGGAGAGGGCCACAAGGAGAAAGCCAUUAUGAAGACACAUGCAGAGUUAGGCAAGCCAAGGAACCCUAAGGAUAAUAAGGUGCCACCAGAAGCUAAGAGAGGGGCAUGGAGUGAAUUCUCCCUCAGAGCCUUCAGAAGGGACCAGCCCUGAUUGAUUUCAGACUUCUGGCCCUCUUGAUUUUCAGAACUGUGAGAGAAUAAAUUUCUGUUAAACUACCAGCCUAUGAUGAUUACAGC